AUGGAGAAGUACCUGAGAGAAAACUUUUACGUGCAACCCAAACGACCCUCGGAAGACGCUCAACUCCGAUGGAGAUCCGCCGUAUCCGUCGUCAAGAACCCUCGCCGUCGCUUCCGAUGGGUUGCCAAUCUCGCCCAACGUGCCGACGCCGAACAAAAACGCAAGAAACUCCAGGAAAAGAUACGAGUGGCACUCUGUGUGCAAAAAGCAGCAUUGCAUUUUAUAACCGCUGGAACCCGAAAAACUGGUAAUUACAUGCUCUCCAAAGAGAUUCAAGAUGCAGGUUUUGGAAUCAACCCGGACGAAUUAGCAUCCAUUGUCAGAUCCCAUGACACCAAAUGUUUAGAACAUCAUGAAGGAGUUGAAGGAUUAGCAAAAGCUGUACGCGUUAAGUUUCAAGAAGGCGUGAGUUCCAGCGAUGUAAAACAUAGACAACAUAUCUAUGGUCAUAACCGCCAUACUGAGAAACCUUCAAGAAGUUUCUGGAUGUUUGUUUGGGAUGCAAUGCAAGACUUAACACUGAUUAUCCUUAUUCUAUGUUCCAUUCUUUCAAUCGGUGUUGGAAUCUUAACCCAAGGUUUGCCUAAAGGUAUGUAUGACGGAGUUGGAAUCAUACUAUGCAUUUUUUUAGUUGUUUUUGUCACUUCAUUAAGUGACUAUAAACAGUCUUUGCAAUUUAAGGAUUUGGAUAAAGAGAAAAAAAAUGUAAGCAUUCAUAUUACAAGAGAUAGUAGAAGACAGAAGGUUUCUAUUCAUGAACUAGUGGUUGGAGAUAUAGUUCAUCUCGCAAUCGGAGACAUAGUUCCUGCUGAUGGAUUAUUUAUAUCUGGUUUUAGUCUAUUGAUCGAUGAAUCAAGUUUGUCGGGCGAGAGUGAAGCAGUGAAUGCUGACAAACAAAAGCCUUUUCUUUUAUGUGGAACCACAGUUCAAGAUGGUUCUGCCAAGAUGCUAGUGACUGCGGUUGGUAUGAAGACGGAAUGGGGAAGAUUGAUGGACACUUUGAAUGAAGGUGGUGAUGAUGAAACACCUCUUCAGGUUAAACUAAAUGGUGUUGCUACACUUAUUGGAAAGAUAGGGUUAGGUUUUGCAUUGGUAACAUUCUUAGUUCUAACUGGUAGGUUUUUGUUGGUGAAAAUAUCUCAUGAUAGCAUCACUAAAUGGUCUCUAGAUGAUGCAUCUAAGCUUCUCAGUUUCUUUGCUACUGCUGUUAUUAUAAUAGUUGUGGCAGUUCCUGAAGGGUUACCUUUAGCAGUUACACUAAGUCUUGCAUUUGCAAUGAAGAAACUGAUGAAUGAUAAGGCACUAGUUAGGCACUUAUCUGCAUGUGAAACAAUGGGUUCUGCUGGUUGCAUUUGCACUGAUAAAACUGGAACUUUGACUACAAAUCAAAUGGUCGUUGACAAAAUAUGGAUUUGUGAACAAACUAAGGCAAUUAAAACCGGAAAUUUCGAUGAUGGUGUGUUGAAGAAAUCAAUUCCUGUGGAGAUAUUUGAUCUACUUUUGCAGUCAAUAUUUCAGAAUACUGCCUCAGAGGUUGUUAAAGGUGAAGAUGGAAAGAACAAGGUGAUGGGAACUCCAACAGAAUCAGCAUUGCUUGGAUUUGGUUUGACUUUAGGAGGUGAUACUAAGUUUUACAAUGACAAGUAUAAGAUAAUGAAAGUUGAACCUUUCAAUUCAAACCGAAAAAAGAUGUCAGUUCUUGUUUCUCUUCCCGAUAGCACCAACAAAACUAGAGCAUUUUGUAAAGGAGCAUCAGAAAUAGUGGUUAGAAUGUGUGACAAAGUUGUUAAUGCAGAAGGAAAAGUUGUUGAUUUGAAUGAACAACUGAGAAAUAAAAUCAAUGAGGCUAUUAAUGGUUUUGCUUGUGAUGCACUGAGAACACUAUGCAUAGCUUUUAAGGAUAUGGAAGGAACCACUGAAAGUGAUAGCAGUAUUCCUGAGGAUAAAUAUACUCUAAUUUCAAUAAUUGGAAUCAAGGAUCCAGUGAGACCUGGAGUAAAAGAAGCUGUUAAGACUUGUUUGGCAGCUGGAAUCAUUGUAAGAAUGGUAACUGGUGAUAAUAUAAACACUGCUAAAGCUAUAGCUAGAGAAUGUGGUAUUUUGACAGAUGGUUUGGCCAUAGAGGGACCAGAUUUCAGAAACAAGACUCAGCAAGAAAUGGAAGAGAUUAUACCUAAAUUGCAGGUAAUGGCUCGAUCUUUGCCUCUUGAUAAGCACACCUUAGUGACUCAUUUGAGGAAGGACUUUAAUGAAGUUGUGGCAGUAACUGGUGAUGGGACCAAUGAUGCUCCAGCUUUGCACGAAGCUGAUAUUGGAUUUGCCAUGGGUAUUGCUGGCACAGAGGUAGCAAAAGAAAAUGCAGAUGUGAUUGUGAUGGAUGAUAACUUUACUACAAUAGUGAACGUUACGAGAUGGGGCCGUUCUGUUUAUAUUAACAUACAAAAGUUUGUCCAGUUCCAGUUAACAGUUAAUGUCGUAGCUCUCAUGCUGAAUUUUGUUUCAGCUUGUGUAUCAGGUUCUGCUCCUCUUACUGCUGUUCAAAUGCUAUGGGUAAACAUGAUAAUGGACACACUAGGUGCAUUGGCAUUGGCUACAGAACCUCCCCAUGAUGGAUUGAUGAAGAGACCACCUAUUGGAAGGAAUGCCAAGUUCAUCACGGGGGUCAUGUGGAGGAACAUCAUUGGUCAGAGUCUCUAUCAAACUAUAGUCCUUUUGGUUCUUAAAUUUCGCGGGGAACAGAUUCUUAACCUCAACGGACCCAAUGCUACCAUUACUCUAAAUACAUUCAUAUUCAACACCUUUGUGUUUUGCCAGGUAUUCAACGAGGUAAACAGCCGCGACAUGGAAAAGAUAAAUGUUUUGGAAGGCCUAUUGAGCAGCUGGAUAUUUCUGAUAGUAAUGGCCGCAACAAUAUGCUUUCAAAUCAUAAUAGUUGAAUUUCUUGGUGCUUUUGCUCAAACAGUGCCACUCAGUAGUGACUUAUGGCUCAUAAGUGUGAUGAUUGGUGCAGUAAGUUUACUGGUAGCUGUUGUCCUAAAGUGCAUUCCUGUUCCUGUCAAAAAUUACGUCGCUACGCAUCACGAUGGCUACGAGCAGCUUCCCAGUGGACCAGAGUUGGCAUGA